AUGGUGCAGAAGUCUACUGUGGUGGGCCUCACCUUGCUGCUGCUGGCUGCAGUUGGAACGUUUUUGGCCGUUUUCUUUUCGGUGCAGGGCAAGAAGGCCUCUCCUGAGCCUGAACCUGAAAAGGGUUACUUCAAGGCAGCGGUGGCAGCAGAUGCUGGGACUUGCUCAGAGAUCGGCAGGGAUAUCCUGAAGAGAGGUGGUUCCGCUGUAGAUUCUGCCAUUGCUUCUCUGCUGUGCGUGGGAUUGAUGAAUGCCCACAGCAUGGGCAUCGGAGGAGGGCUCUUCUUCACUAUUUAUGAUGCCAAAACAGGAAAAGUCGAAACCAUCAAUGCACGUGAGACGGCUCCUGCAAAUUCAACCAAAGACAUGUAUGGAAAUAGUACGGAACUUUCCCAGAAAGGUAUCUAUUUGAGAACUUAUUCUCUUUCCUCAGGUUAUAACUUCAGUUCAGACAGUGUCUCCACCACUGAAAAUAAAGUCCUCACCUAUCAUCGCAUAGUAGAGGCGUUCCGGUUUGCGUAUGCCAAGAGGAGCGUCUUGGGGGAUCCAGAAUUUCUCAACAUCUCCAGUUUCAUCCAGAACAUUACCUCAAAGGACUACGCUGACAUGAUACUCCAGAAGAUCACAGAUAAUACGACUCAGCAAGAGAGCUACUACGAACCCGAGUUCUACCUUCCCGACGAUCACGGCACAUCACAUGUGUCAGUGGUGGCAGAGGACGGCAGUGCGGUCGCCGCCACCAGCACCAUCAACCUAUAUUUUGGCUCCAAGUUUAUGUCAAAUUCAACGGGAAUUAUACUGAACAACGAGAUGGAUGACUUCAGUUCUCCCUUGAUCACUAAUAACUUUGGAGUUCCUCCUUCUCCCAACAACUUCAUCGUCCCACAUAAAAGGCCCAUGUCUUCUAUGUGUCCUGCCAUUCUGCUAGACAAAAACAAUAAGGUUAAAAUGGUGGUUGGAGCCUCUGGAGGAACAAAGAUCACCACAGCAGUGGCCGAGGUGAUCUUAAAUGCACUGUUCUUUGACUAUGACCUGAAGAAAGCGAUAGAAGACCUGAGAAUUCACAAUCAACUCAGUCCAAACACCACGCAAGCUGAGCCUGACUUUGACAAGGCCAUUUUGGAGGGUCUUGCCAUGAAGAACCAUGUAAUAGAGGUGUUGAAGUCCAUGGGCGCGGUGGUUCAGGCCGUGGUGCGGUACAGUGCUGGCCUCAGCGCUGAGUCAGACCCCCGUAAGGGAGGAUAUGCAGCUGGGUACUGACAUCCGACUCAGCGAUCCGAGUCUCCGGUCCAUCUGGAGGCAAUGGAGAUGCUACUUUCGAGACCCCAAGGACACUUUCCCCUCAUGCUGCUCUGAAACAACCAAGUGCCUCCAUCAGAGAUCCUACAGGCGAAUCAGCGCCGGACAAUCCAAAGCUCCGGUAAUGUUGAUCUCUGCACAAUCCAUAUUCAGUAAAAGAGGAAUAAAACACAUUCAAAUACACUCCCAGUGGAAACACAACAUCAUUGUUUCUUCCAAUGACAUCAGUUAAUCUCUACAGAUCUACAGAUGUUACUGCGGGGUGGUAUGGUAUUUAUUUCUGCAAAUAAACAUGUUGUGAUGGCGAUUAUGAACUUUCUAGCAUGACUUCUGUCCAUACUGAGAUUUACAUCCUGGCAAGAGACAUUUUUUGUUCAAGACUUAGCAGGAGCAUCUCAGGGGAGGAAGUUUUAAUCAAGCUUCUAAUAAGAGCUGAAGCGUGAACAAGAGUUGAAAUGCUCGUUUUAAUGUCCCACGAGUAUGUGGUCCUACCCACAGGCACCGGCCUAACAUCAAGCAGCAUCAUUAAUGCUGAAGUUGUAGGGGAUAGAGAUAAAU